AUGCGAUUAUAUCUUAACGAUAAACCGAGGACAUUUGUUUUAACGACAGCGACACAUGCUUUAAUCAUUAGACACCCAAACCCAACAUACGAACACAAGGGCAUAAGAAGUCGAAUACUUGGUCAUAAACGACACCGUAGUGAGAAGGACGAUUGCAAGGUAUUGGUAGAAUUUGUAUUGAAGGACUAUAUCAAUCUUAGUUCAUAUAGGGACGUGACUCCUAAGAGAAACAAACUCUUGGGGUUUAUUGGUCUUCUUCCAUUGAAAGGUAAAGUGUUCCUAGGAUUUAUAACCCAGCAUGAACUUGUAGCAUCACCCACUUUAGAUGACAAGAUUUACAGAAUCACGGGGACCGAAUUCUACUGUUUGAAUAGUGACGAAUACGAUUAUAUUUUUGAUCGAGAGUUUGAUGAAUUUCGAUAUCAAGACAAUGAAAAGGUAAAGUACCCUGGCUCUUCAGUAAGGAAGCUUUUAUCGAGUGGUGCUUACUUUUACUCGAGACAGUUUGAUAUUACAUCAACGAUCCAGGAAAGGGGUGUAGGCACUUCAGAUUUUCGAUUGAUUGCCGACGCUUCAUACUUUAGGCGGUUCCUGUGGAACAUGUUCAUGAUGGAGGAGCUACUUGAAUUUAGAAAUAGAUUGACCUUGCCAGAGCAGAGACUAAUUGAUGAGACGGGGUUUCUUAUCAUCAUUGCUCGAGGCUAUGCCAAAACUGUCAACACAGAAGUCGCUGGUCAAGAUGCAUUAUUGACUUUGAUAUCGAAGCAAAGUAGUGCCAAAGAAGGACCAAUUUUUGGAGAUUGGGGAUGUGAUGGCAAUGGAUGCGUUGCAAAUUAUCUUGAAUCAGAGAUUAUUCUUUAUACUGAACAUUUCUGCCUAUCGUACGUAAUUGCACGAGGAAACGUUCCAAUGUAUUGGGAGCUUGAAAACAAUUUCUCCACAAAAAACAUCAUUGGUGCUAGUAAUAAAAGAAUCAUUUUCCCCAGGUCCUUUGAAGCCUCACAGGAAGCGUUCACGAGACAUAUAGAUAGGCUUGCUGCUCAAUAUGGUGACGUUCAUUUGAUUAAUGAGCUCUCAGACAAGUCGUACAAAGGGGUGUUGAAUGCAUCCUUUGAAGAGCAGGUGAAAUAUUUUGUGGCAAAUAGGGACCCGGCUACUUCUGACUACAAGUUUCAAUACACACAUCUUCCAAUCCCUGCAGCUAGGAUUAAGAAAAUAGGAUACACAUCUCAAAACCCGUCUGAGAUACUGUCUCAAAUUGUCUCUUCUGCAAGGGAUUUUGGAGCGUUAUUUUACGAUGAUGCUACGACCAGUUUUGUUGGUAAACAAUUGGGUGUAUUCAGAAUCAAUUCCUUUGACAGCUUGAACAAGGCGAACUUUUUAUCAAAAGUAAUUAGUCAAGAGGUAAUAGAGUUAGCCUUCAGCGAAAUUGGGAUACAUUUGGACAGAGACUUGUUUACUUCACACGCCAAACUUUGGCAGGAAAACGACAUUAUAAUCACCCAAUUGACCCUCAAUUUCGUUUCGUAUAGUGACAAGUUACACACUAGUAAAAAGUCAAAUGCCUCGUCGGUGAAAUCACACAUUACUAAAAAGUACCUAAGUGGAGUGGUGGAUAAUACCAAGCCAAAUGAAAUGGCAUUGCUCAAGUUGUUGGGUCGAUUGCAAGAUCAAUCACCUAUUGCUUUACACAAUCCACUUCAUGACUAUAUCGACAAGGAAUUGGCCAAACGUAGCAAAGAGUUUACAUCAGAGCUGGAUAUUUCCGUAUUUGCAUCCACUUUCAAUGUCAAUGCAACAUUUUACGAGGGUGAUAUUAAUGAGUGGAUUUUGCCACAUGAUAAAUCCCAUGACUUAGUGUUUAUUGGCCUACAAGAAAUCGUUGAACUAAAGCCCAAUCAGAUGAUGGCACAGGAUUUCAAGAACAAGACACUAUGGGAACGUAAGAUUUUGAACUGUUUAGCCCAGAAAGAUAAAUAUGUGGUCAUGUGGAGUGGACAGCUUGGUGGACUUUUGUUGUUACUCUUCGUCAGAGAAUCACAGGUUAAACAUAUCUCCAACAUAGAAAUUUCUUUCAAAAAGACUGGUCUUGGUGGCAUGGCGGCAAAUAAAGGUGGGGUUGCAGUUAGUUUCAAGUAUUCCGACACAACCAUGUGUUUUGUAUCGUCUCAUCUAGCAGCUGGACUUAGCAAUACUGAAGAGAGGCAUAAUAAUUACAAAACGUUGAUCAAAGGUAUCAAGUUUUCCAAAAAUAGACGAAUUCCAAACCAUGAUGUCAUUAUUUGGCUCGGUGACUUUAACUUUAGAAUUGAUUUGUCAAAUGAGGAAGUCAAAUCUUUGAUACAUCAGAAACAAUAUGGCAAGCUAUACGAGCACGAUCAGUUGAACAGGCAGAUGGCAAAUGGUGAAACAUUUCCUUUCUUUGCUGAGCAGGAGAUUCGCUUCCCACCUACUUACAAAUUUGAUAAUGGUACGAGAAAAUACGAUUCAAGCGAGAAGCAAAGAGUUCCUGCCUGGACUGAUCGUAUAUUGUACAUGUCGCGAAAGAAUCUCAUCAAGCCGAUGGAUUACGAGUGUAUUGAUAAUAUUGUCUUUUCUGACCACAGAGCUGUGUAUGCAGUGUUUCAAAUUACAGUCAAGAUUGUCAAUCAAGUUGUUAAGAAAAGAUUGUCUAAUGAACUAUAUGAAACGUAUAAUUUGAGAGAUGGUGGACUUCAAGAUUUAUCAGCAUUGACCUAUGAUCUUGACAAGAAAAGCACCGAUUAUGAAAAUGAAAAGUUGCCACCACCUAGUUCAGAUAAACAAAAGUGGUGGCUCGAUGGGGGAAAACCAGCUAAAGUGACAAUUCCUCGUUUGGCUGAGGAGGGAAAUGACUUGGUUGUGAAUCCUUGGCACCCAAUUAAUCCCUUUGUCAGUACCACUGAACCGGAAUUUGUCUCCAGAAAGGAGUUGGAAAGUAUGUUGAAAUAA